AUGGCCCGUCAACGCCGUUCCGCUGCCCCCGCUCGCAGCGCCCCUCCCAGACCUACCGCUGCCCCAGCUAGACCAGCUGCUCCUCAGAUGCAGCAGCAGAGACCAUCUUCUACCGCCGCUGCUCCCGUUCAGACCCAGCAAGCUCCCGCUCAGUCUAGCGGUGGAUCCAGCUUGUUCGGCCAGAUGGCUGCCACCGCCGGUGGUGUUGCUGUCGGUUCCUCCAUCGGCCAUGCUGUCGGCAGCUUCUUCACCGGUGGCUCUUCCAGCGCUGCCCCAGCCGAGACCCAGCAGGCUGCUGCCGCUCAACCCAUGGACAACUCAUUGUACCAGGCCAACUCCACCAGCGGAUGGGCUGAGGAUGCUCCCUGUGCCGCCGAUGCUCGAAGCUUCAGGAAGUGCAUGGAUGACAACCGUGGUGACCUCACCAUCUGUGGAUGGUACAUGGACCAGCUGAAAGCCUGCCAGCAGGCUGCUAAGCCUUACUAG